AUGGACAACUCGGUGUCACUUGGCGGCUCUUCGGCCAGACCUGGUGCCUGCGAGCGGUGUCGGCGACUCAAGGUAUUAUCAUCCUUAUCAAGUGCGAACGUGGAGGUGAUAAUCACCCCUGCUCGUCUUGUAGAGAGCGGGACUGUGAGUGCCUUCCAGCAAUACAUAAAGGCAGGAACAGGAUAUCUACAAGGUCUAUCCAACCAUCUCACCUCGAUGGAAGCGCGAAUCGCACGUAUAGAGUCGGUGCUUGGUAACAACCCCCUGGAAUUAGAGACACAACCAAUAGCGCAAUCACUCGCCAAUACAAUCAAAGAUCAAGCUAGCUUGGACGGAAUGAACUCUCUUAGACUGUUUGACCAUGAUGGCGAGAUUCAAUUCAUAGGCUCGAGCUCAGGCCUAACAAUGUUCUCCCCAGCGGGGUUUGAAUGGAUUUCCGCUCGCGUCGAGUCCCCCAAGAGGGAGAGAUUGAUGGCGUUAUUUCAAUUUUUCCGUUCUACCCCCUUUUCAUUUACUCAUAUUCCUGGCUUAACGAAAUCACGACCCCGGCAAGAGCCUCCCCCCAAAAGUCUGGCGGUGGUUUACGUCAAUGCCUACUUUGAGACUGUGAGCCUCUGGCUUCCUUUUUUCCAAAGGUCGGUAGUGGAUGCGUACCUUGAACGACAGUACUCUGAUAAUCCCCCUUCAUCGGCCUCGUGGUAUGCCGCAUUCAAUGUUAUUUUGUGCUUUGGAUACACCGCUGUGCAAAAAUCGCCCCUCUCGAUACAGAACUCGAAAAGUGCCACCUGGGGCUAUCUGAAUAAUGCGAUGAGUGUCCUGCCAGAUCUGAUGUUUUCGGAAGGAGACACGCUGGGCAUCCAAUCAAUCAUUGGGAUGGCGAGUCUGUAUAACUCGAUGUUGUCCUUCAAGACCUCUUCGAUGCUGCUAUCCAUUGCGAUAAGGCUUGCACAAGCAAGAGGCUUCCACCGCCGGGAUGAUACCCAGCCUACUGAGGUCGCAGCUGCGAGACAGAAUACCUUCUGGAUUGCAUAUGUCUUGGAUAAAGGAACAAGUAUCAGAUUUGGGCAACCUCCCAUGAUAGACGAUGAUGAGAUAGGCAUUGACCUGCCCUCACCUGGGGCAUCAACCGGUCCAGAGAGCCAAGGGGGGCUGCCGGAAGCGUCUUUCAUGCGCUGGAUGGCCGAACUGGCCUUGAUACAGAGCAAGUUAUGCAAAUGGCUCUUUUCAGCUCGAUACCGUACGAAGCCAGCCUACCAGCGAUUGCAACUGACGGAUGAGUUACAACGUCUGUUAGAUUCUUGGAAAGCCGCUCUUCCUGAGAAGCUCACCCCGAAUUAUUAUAGGAGUUAUAGCAAUGAGCGUAUUGAUCCCGUGCUAAACUUGCACAUGAACUACUAUUACACUGUUAUCUGCUUGCAUCGGGCGUCCUUGGGGAUAUCCCUUGAGCCAGACCUCGAGAAAGCCCUCAGGCAAAACUUCUUGAAGAAGGCCGAGCUAGGUGCCAGGCUUUGUCUUUCAGCAUCAAGAGCAACGCUUGAUUUGCUCAAGUACGGGAACGGGACCCUGAUCAUGCAUUGGAUGACGUCGUGGUCAAUCUCAUUCCAUGUCCUAAUCGCCGCGUUCAUGUUGUUCGUCUACACGAUCGACAACUCAUCUUCACCCGAAGCUCAUUCAAAUGUGGGCUACCUGCAGCUGUUUGCCAAGUCGGUGCACCAAUCACUCUUUGUCCGCAUAUCGCCCACUGAAAAGGGUCUGGUAGAGCUGGCAAAUAUGUUUGUGGACAUUGCCAUGUCCGUGAUCAGCGAACAUGGUGGUGGAGGUGCAAACACUGCUCCUUGCUCGCCACAAUCCGUCGAAACCCCGGCCACGUUGCCUGUUCCGGUGCCAGACGUUGCACUUUCUGAUGCUGGAACGUUUCCGAUAGCCCCCUUCGACCUAUGUUUUGACACUGAAUCCCUCCCCUCGGUGGAGGUAGCUUCGAACAUUUUUGACAUGUUGUUCCAACAGAGCCCUGCGUAA